GGAUCAUUUCUGGACCGUUACACAGAGCGGCGAUGCGUUUAUAUGAGUGACAAAAAUGAGGAUUGAUACAUUGAAAGUUGUUGCCGUGUUGUGCGUUGCUUUCGUCACUAUAGGAGGACAGAGUUUUGAGAGUAAAGUGGCCCAGUUACUUCACGACGAAGCAGAUGAUCUCAAAUGUUUCGUGGAGGGCAAGAAGGAUCUGACCUGCUUCUGGGAGGAAGAACUGGAAAGAAGGAAUUCACAUGAUCGAUAUACAUUCAUAUAUUCGUACGAGAAAGAGAAAAGCAGAACGUGUGAUGUUUCAUCGCUGUCUUUAUUAGCCAGCAACAGAACCGUGUUUCUCUGCAAACUCCCUCAAAUCUUAUUCUUCACGGUCCUUCACGUGCAGGUCCUUUACGAUGGUCGGAUGCUCUACAAUCGCAGUCUGAAUGUCGAGAAUGUCUUGUUUCUCGAUCCUCCCAGAAACCUCACAGUGGUGAGCUCAGGAAAAGAAGGGCAGUUAAACGUGAGCUGGUUGCCGCCGCUUCUCAAAUACAUGGAUGACAGUAUGAUAUAUGAGGUCAGAUACGCAGUGGAGGGAAGUCACAUGGGCAAGGUGGAGGAAAUAAAAGCCAGCACAAAGCUGAUCCUGCGUGGGUUACAGCCCGGCACCCGGUACAAGGUGUGGGUCCGCAUCAAACCCGAUGGCGUCGCCUAUGAUGGUUACUGGAGCGCCUGGACUGAACCUGUGUUCAGAGCUACGCAGCCAAGCGACAUGGAUCCCCUAAUCGUGUUGCUGGUUCUGUUCAUUGCAUUGAUUCUUUUCAUACUGUCUGUGACUGUGAUUCUGUCCCACCACAAGUUUCUUCUAAAGAAGGUAUGGCCUGACAUCCCGACUCCAGAGCACAAGUUUCCAGGUCUCUUAACUGUCUAUGAAGGGGAUUUUAAGGAGUGGAUGAGACAAAAUAACGGGAAUAUGUGGGGAAGAUCCGCUCACAUCUACGCAGAGGAACUUCCUUCACCUCUAGAGGUUCUGUCAGAGAUCUCGCUGGCCAGCAAUGCAACCUCCCAAAUAGAAGAGAGAAGAACUUUGGAGGAGGAAGAAGAGAAGACGGAAAGUGAGGGAACCGACUCCGGAAUAACCGGCAGCUGGCAGGAACCUUCUCAGGCCCAUUGGUUUAUGGAGCAGUUAAGGGCGCUUCAGGAAAACCCGCAGUCUCUUUCCCAGUCGAUGUUACUGGAGUCACCUGACACGUACGUCACUCUGAACCAGAACUCCCAGCAUGCUCGAGCCGAAGACGACAGCCAGGUGGACGAUAUCUGCGAUGAGUCGUUACCUCUGCAGACAUUGUUCAGCAACUCGGGAACGUCGUCUUUGAGUGCCUCGCAGUCCGACCUCGGCUCUCUCCAGCAGAGCUCGGGUUCGGGCAGACUGUCGUCACAAUCCAGCUUUGAGUAUCCAAACCACACGUGGCCAUCCAAUAGGCCGGGGUACACCUACAUGGCCGUCGCGGACUCGGGGGUUUCCAUGGACUACAGCCCGAUGAGCUCGAGCAGGAUAGAGGAUCUUGGGAAACGGGUGAUCUACACCAAUGAAUACAAAAAUGAGAUUUUUGGCCACAAGUGGGCGAUCUCCGGUCAGUGUUGAAUCUGGAUACCAACGAGAGGAUUUAUAUUUGAUCUGGAUUUAUCUUGGAGACAUGGCGUUUGAGGCGCAUGUGAAAACACUAGGAGGUUUGAGAGGACAAAUGGUAUUCCAUCAUAUAUAAUAAGCUAAUUCUGGUCUAAAACUAUGGCAGCUGUUCAUCUUUAUCAUAGAUUUUCAAUUUCAAUUGUGAAUCAUUUGGUCUGGCAUUGUCCACCGCUAUACAUCCAAUCUACCUUGGACGCAUUAUAUAUGUUGUCAUAUAAAUAAGUUGUAAAAUGUGUUUUUGAGGUUUAACAUAAUGUAUAUCUUCCUUCUGUAAAACCUGUAUAGACCACCAUUAGACUUUAUCUGAGUUACACAAAGGAUAACAUCCAUCCAGUCCUGCUUUCUGUGCUUGGUGUGUGUUGGCUUAUUUUCAGUUACUCUGGUGCAUUCUGGGAAUGCUCGUGUGUUGGUUUAUAACCUGACAGCCGCUUGUAAGUUUACUUUACACAGGAUGCUCAAAUUACUGUAUAGAAAACCUCCAUUUUCAGUCUUUUAAUAAUUACAGUUUACGUUUUUUACUUAUUCCUUCGGUAUUAAUUCACAUGGAAAUCAAUCAUGGGUCUGUGAAUGACUGCUUUUUUUACAGUUUGAAUUGAUAAUCACACCAAAAAUGUGUAAAUAUUGCAAGUGUAAAAAGAUUAUGUGUGCCAUAACUGACAAACUCCCUUUAAAUGCAGUAAAAUGUAAAUAAUUUUUAAGACCAUUUCUAUAUCAAUUUUUGCAUUAAGAUGAACAUAACAAAUCUGCAAACAAUUUAGAUUAAUUGUGCAUUAAUAACAAUGACGGAAAUGAUCAGUUCUUUAACUCCUUUAACGGAACCCAUUCCAGCCUUUGGUAUCAACUCUCAAUUCCCAACGCCAUGAAAUUGAGAAAUUAUAUAUUUUGAUCAUUUGCAGCACAACUUUAAGCGUAGUUGAAAAUGAUUAUUAACGUGUAAAAAUAAGAAAAAAUAUUUGUAUAUAUUAAACAGCUGUUUUUAGUCUCUUGGUUUUUAAUUGUUAUACUGAAAUUGAAAAUGUUGUUUCCUCAAACGUUACCUUAAACACAAAUAUAGGUGUCGUAAGACUGUUUAGUGUUUUUAUUUUUAAAUGACAUGUCUCUUUCACACUUUACACAUAUGUAAGCUUUAAACAUUAAAUUGUCUUCCUUACAAAAUAAAUACUGAAUUCCGAAUUA